AUGGACCCGGGUGCAACUGGAGGCGGGGCUCAUGCCCCUCCUCCGAUGGGUCACCAACCCCCACCCCCACAUCAUCAGCCUCAGAUGGGUGGGGCACAAUCUGACGGCAUCAUAAGUGACCUUCGUCUGAGUGUGAUUGACGUGCUACAGGACUAUGGAUGGUUCAUUGUUUUGGGAUGUGCAAUCACUUAUAUUGUCUACAACAAAAUCACCGCCAACCUCAACACGCCUUCUCUGUCCAGAGGAUCCAGUGGUGGAGGAAGUAACAGGUCCACUACUCCAGAAGACGCCGACAAGAUAUUGGAGAGACAAGAGAGAAUUGCGGCUGCCAGAGCCAAAAUGCAGGCUGAACUUGACAAAAAAGUUGAAUUAGAAAAGGAGAAGCUCCGCGAAAAAGGAGAACAAGAUCGAGAGAACAAAAUCCAACAGUGGGAGAACCUGCAAUCAGGAAAAGGAUACUACUCCAAAAUGAAAUCACCUGCAACCGACGCUGAUUCGACGAAUGACGAGAAGUUGGAGGCGGAACUGAGGAGCAAAGUGGCCGCGAAGACUUUGGCGAACCCGAAAAGGCAGAGAUGA